UGGUUCUGCAUAGCGGACGCGCAUCGUAUGUGGCUUCCUCGCCAGCCCGGAAGUAAACACACACCAAGAAGAGUACAGCGUCCGUGAGAGCUGUCUUAUUUGUAACACCUGAAUAAUCGCGAACUUUUUGUGUCCAGUCAUACCGCAGUACAACCUCCUAAAAUAGCAGUUUCUUCGAAAUUGAUCUUUGGGAGAGGGAGCGGCGAAGCCAAAUGUCGAACUGCGUUUCCUUUCAUACCCAGCUCGCUUCCAUCAUGGAGGUGCUGGCGAACGCGGCCGUGGCGGAGAUCUGUAAACUCGUAGAUGAUGGGUACGCGGUUUUACGGCUGGAAGUGUCUGAGAGCCGAAUUGAGAACAAAGCUUUAAAGAGGAAAUUACAGAUGAUGGAGAUGCGGCUCGCGCGAGAUGCGUCUGUGAAAAUCCGCCCAGAUAGAACUGAGCUGUGCAGCGCUUUAAGACAAGCCGCGAGAGGCAAGUUUACACCAUAUCACGAGGGGUCUUUCCCAGGUGCACAGAGGGUCUUCAGCAAACACACGGACCGGGUUUUGACGAGAGACGGAGAGGCUGACGUCACGGCUGCGGAUGCUGACGGCGCUGCGACGCACCCAGUGGUCACGUGGGACGAGUGCAUAGACUUGGAGGAGGAAAGGACUGACUCGCUUCCUGUGAAAGAAGAGAAACAGGAAGAGGAGAGUGAGCCACUGAAAGGCCUUCACGGAGAGAUUGUGGAUUUGGGUGCUGAUGGAGGCAGAAGGUCUCCAGCCGCAGUGGUGCAGACCGGACGGGGAAGGGGCACGGACGAGCUCACGGACUCUGAGCAGCACAGGACCAGACGCAGUGUUUGGGAGGUCAGUGGACUGGAGUCUCUCCUCAAAGCAGAGGAAGACAAUGAUAGUGUUGCUACCAAGAGGCUCCAGGAUAGAGGAUAUGAACGCAGUCUGGGCCCUGAAUGUGUAAUGUCUGAGAGAAACAGCCACCUGGGGACUUACUUUUCCCAAGAAGAUGGCGAUACCGGUGACUCGUCUUGCUUGUACGACGCGGCAGCCAUCUUGGCUCAAGCUAAGUCUCAGUCCGGCUCUGCUGCGGAGGAAGGCUCGGGUAAUAGUGUGUCCUCGCUGUCCUCUCUCGAUUGGAAGACAGACGUUGUAGUGGUCGACUCCGUGCCCGUUAAAGAGGAAGCUGAGAUGCAGGCCGCUUGGAGUAGAGAGGCCUUUUCAGAAUCGGGCCGCUCGCCGCUCAGAGGGUUUGGCGAUUGCAGGGAGGGUGAGGAGGCGCUGCCGGAACACAUUAUCCACCCCUGCCCCGUAAAAGCCCAAACGCCCGCGAGGCGAGAGACGGCCGCGGCGAAAUUCGGCGCCGUAGAGGUGCACGAGCGCGCGCCCCUGGGUAACAGCCUCGCCGCGGCAGAGCCCGCUGACACGCACACGUUGAGGGUCGGCUCGAGAGAAAAGCGGUUCUUUUGCAAGUUCUGUGGGAAGGGCUUUAGUUGUCCAAAGAAGGUCGAAAUACACCAGAGGGUCCACACGGGGGAGAAGCCGUUCAGUUGCGCGCAGUGUCGAAAGCAGUUCGCGCAGGCGGGCAACCUCAAAAGGCACCAGCGGGUUCACACCGGAGAGAAGCCGUUUAGUUGCACACAGUGUGAGAAGCGUUUUUCUCACCUGCACCAACUCAAGAUGCAUCAAAAGGUCCACACUGGAGAGAGACCGUAUGCCUGUCCACACUGUGGGAAAAGAUUUGCUGAGAGAAGUUACCUUAGAAUACACCAACAGAGAAACCAUCCAGUUGUUUACAGUGUCAGAUAAUAUGUAUCAGUCAGGAUGGGCCAAAACGGACUAUACAGUGUAUGUGUAUAUAUAUAUUCACUCAGUGAGCACUUUAUUAGGUCUUUAUUAGACUUAUUUUUUAGACUUCUACUGCUGUAGCCUAUCCACUUAGAGUUAUGAUGCAUUGUGUGUUCAGAGAUGCUCUUCUGCAUACCACUGUUGUAAUGUGUGGUUAUUUGCGUUACUGUCACCUUCCUGUCAGCUUUGACCAGUCUGGCCAUUCUCCUCUGACAUUUCUCAUUAACAAAGCAUUUCUGUCUGCAGAACUGCUGCUCACUGGAUUUAUUUUUGUUUUUAGCACAAUUCUUUGCAAACUAUAGGGACUAGUGUGUGUGAAAAUCCCAGCAGAUCAGCAGUUUCUGUGAUACUCAAACCACCCUGUCUGCCACCAACAAUCAUUCCACGGUCAAAGUCACUUAGAUCACAUUUCUUUUCCCAUUCUGAUGGUUGAUGUGAACAUUCACUGAAGCUCCUGACCCGUAUCUAUUUGAUUGUAUGCAUUGCAAUUGGCUGAUUAGAUAAUCGCAUGAAUAAGUAGGUAUAAUAAAGUAAAAAUGUUCCUAAUAAAGUGCUCAGUAAGUGUAUAUAUUCAUUAUUAUUAUAUAAUUAUAUAAUAACAUAUAUAUAUACUUUAUGACCAAUAAGUCACUUUAACAGUGGCAAUAUUUCCAUCUGGGAAACAUUUGGAUUAGUUGCAACUAAUUUGUGUUAACUUGGGAUAAUGUGCAUGAGUGUGUACACAUAACAUUGAAUUGGAAAUGGCUUGUUUGUUUUCCUGCUUGGUUUUUUAUGAACACAGCCAUUGAAUAGCUGUUAACUCCCAUAAGAACAGACUGUCUAAUGUCAGGAUAAAAACAAGUCAAAGAAAAUUGUGAAACGGUAAUUUAAUUUUUUUAUUUUUUAUUUGGCCAGUUCACUGAAAACAUGGAUUAAAUGGUACGAAAAUCCUUGUGCAGACGAUGAUGUUGUUGACACUUUGUAUUUGUAGUUUGUUGAAUUUUAAUAAAAAAAAUUGUGAAGUGUUUGA